AUGGCGGUCGUCGCAGUCGCGGGUUCGCAGUACCACCUCUCCGUGUCCGCAUCAAUAUUCACCACGCAAACCGACGUAGGAGAAGAAACGGCCAUCGCUUUGGCCUACGCGGCUACCAAUGCACACUGCAUCAUCAGUGAUUCAAAAACGGCCAUUUCCACUCAGGUGGAGAAGGAAGAGGAGGAGGAGGAGGAGGAGGAUGACGACGACGAUGACGAUGACGACGACGACGACGACAACAACAACAACAACAACCACAACAACAACAACGAUAACAACAACAACAAUAAUAACAUCAACAAGAUCAACAACAACAAGGAGAUCAAGAAGAUCAACAACAACAAUGUUUAA